AAAUAAACAAGCUGCAUCCUAUGGGGCGAGAAGCCUGGAGUCAGAGCAGACGCCAGGGCUGCCGAAGGUAGAGGCACAGAUUCGGUCAUUUUAUUCUGUAAGACCUUUUUCUACUCCGAAGCUUUGCUUUUGGAAGAGAGAAGAGUCCAUCUGAGAAGGCAUACUUCAGUGGUUUGGUUCAGAGUCUUUUACACGUACCGGAGAGUAAUAUGAAUGAAGAAAUAAGAAGAUGCAGUUAAAGUUGUCCUGGGGAAGGAUGUGUAUCAUUGGCCAAAGAGAAGACUUGGAACUUCUUGAGUUGAGAAGAUAAAAGAUGAAGAAGAUGAUCUGUUAGAGACCACUUGUAGCAAUGGUUUGAGCUCCAAAGGACAUAUAAUGGCAUUUUAAUUCUGACGUGGGGCCUGAAUUUGGGAAAGGAAGAGUGAAGAGUAGUUGUCCAAGAGAUAAGAUGUCCAUCAUGUGUAUGCCUGAUGCCUACCAAGGUCACAAGAGGGUGUCGGAAAAACUUGCUUCUCUCCAUGUGAGACUGAGUAAGGCAAAUGUCUGAUCAGUAAUCAGGAAGAAAAGUAGAAUUGUAUGAAGUCACUUUUUGGAUUUAUUUCUUUAAUAUAAGGAGAAAACUUUGAAUUAGUCCUCUGUCAACUCCAUAUCAGAAAUGGAAGUAACUGGGACUCCCGGCAGUUAUAGUAACAGGAACUGUACAAUAGAAAACUUUAAGAAGGAAUUUUACCCCACCAUAUACCUGAUAAUAUUUUUCUGGGGAGCCUUGGGAAAUGGCUUUUCCAUAUAUGUCUUUCUACAGACUUGCAAGAAGUCCACAUCUGUGAAUGUUUUCAUGCUCAACCUGGCCACUUCCGAUUUUCUAUUCAUCAGCACCUUGCCCUUCAGGGCUGACUAUUAUUUCAGAGGUUCCAAUUGGAUAUUUGGGGACAUGGCCUGCAGAGUCAUGUCUUAUUCCUUAUACGUCAACAUGUAUACUAGCAUUUAUUUCCUAACUGUGCUGAGUGUGGUGCGUUUCCUGGCCACAGUCCACCCCUUCCGGAUGCUCCAUGUCACCAGUGUCAGGAGUGCCUGGAUCCUCUGUGGGAUCAUAUGGGUUUUCAUCAUGGCUUCCUCAGCUCUGCUUCUGGUGAACGGCCAAGAGGAGCAAAAUAACACUAUAUUAUGCUUGGAGCUGAGUCCUCGAAAGUUUAAAGGUCUCCUGAUCAUGAACCACAUUGCAGUAGCAGUAGGCUUCUUGCUCCCAUUUCUCACGCUCACCGUCUGCUACCUGCUGAUCAUCCGGAUCUUGUUAAAGGCGGAGAUACCAGAAUCAGGUCCACGGGCUGCUCAUAAGAAGGCGCUGACCACCAUUGUCAUUGCCAUGAUCACCUUCCUCCUCUGUUUUCUGCCAUACCAUGCACUGCGGACCCUCCACUUGGUCACAUGGGAUAAGGAUUCAUGUGGGGAUGUGCUACAUAAGGCCACAGUCAUCACACUGACCAUGGCUGCAGCCAAUAGCUGCUUCAAUCCCUUUCUCUAUUAUUUUGCUGGGGAGAAUUUCAAAGCUCGAUUAAGGGCUAUAUUCAGCAAAGUUCAUCUAUAGAAAGCAAAGUCAAAGUGCAGCCUUCCUAUUUGUGAGUAGCUGAAGAACAGAAUUAAGAGUAUAGGGAGCUGUUCUGCAGGCAUGCUCAUGAACAUUGGUGUCCACCUUCAUUCACUCAGAGUCUCCGACUUACUUUAUAUUUGCAUCCUAACCAACAAGUCUUGGUUCCUGACAUUUAAUUGACCACAACAUUUGCUAAUAAAGUCUAUUUCA